AUGCGGACGCCGACAGCGAUGAUCGUGGGGCUGGUGCUGUGCCCCUGCGGGCUCCUGCUGACGCUGACGGGCACGCUGACCCCCAGCUGGAGGCAGGUGAGCCUCCUACCUGACCAGCCUGCUGACCUCGUCUUGGAGCAGGGCAUCUGGGACAUGUGCAGAGAGCAGCAGAGCAGCCACGAGCGCCGCUGCGGGCAGGCUGAUGAGCUGGGCUACUUUGCACAGGUGCCCGUGCGGGUGGCCCAAGGGCUGAUGCCCACCUCGCUGGUGCUCACCCUGCUGGGCUUGGUGGUGGCCGCCCUGGGGGUUCGCUGCUGGCGGAAGGAGCCACGGCACCUGCUGGCUGGCGUGGCAGGGCUUGUGCUGCUCCUCUCGGGGCUGCUGAGCCUCGUGCCUGCCUCCUGGUACACCCAUGAGCUGUGGGCACUGCCCGCACCGGCUCGCAGCACACUGGUUGUAGGCUACAGCUUGGUGCUGAACUACUUGGGAAGCUGCCUGGAGAUCCUGGGGGGGCUGGCCCUCACCCUCAGCUUCCACCACUGCUGCAAGGAGCGCAGGGCCCCCAAACUGCCCCCCAGCGCUGUGCUGGAGGCUGGGCCGUGCUCCCCCCCUGGGGCUUACCGCAAUCCUUGGGACGUGCUGGAGGACGAGCAAGACGGACAACACUGGAGGAGCACCCUGCCUUGUGACUCCGACUUGUAG